AGAUCCGCCAUUUUCUUCAGUCAACAAGCGGUCUUGGCGUACAAAGCGGGAAGGCACACUUAUAUAACGAUGGAACCUCGACAAAACUGCAGUGUCGUCGGCUGUACGAGUGGCCGCGCGUCGUUAUAUCGCCUCCCACACGCCAACCAUGUCAGAGCAAAGUGGAUUCAUUUCAUUUACGGCGGAAACGUCCCACAUUCCGUUGGAACGUGUCUUCUGGUCUGCGCCGACCACUUCACGUCAGACUGCUUCAGCAACCUGAGCCAAUACAACGCCGGGCUGGCCUUGAGGCUGAGGGUCAAAGAAGGCUGCAUACCAACCGAGCGAAGUAUGUGCAAAUCUGGACCGGUGCCUGCAAGACGCCACGUAACCUGCCGGACGGACCCAGCGACCUUGCACGCCGUUUCCGUGAAAACUGUCCAGUCUGACGUCAGAUGCACAGACCUCGGUGAAGAACAUCUUCCCCCUGAGCGGCAGGAGUGGAGCUCCAGGGUGGAGCAGGACCCCCCGCAGACCUCCCACGUUAAAGAUGAAGACGAGGGGUCACAUUACCCCCACGUUAAAGAGGACGAGGAGGAGCCACAGCCCCUCCACAUUAAAGAGGAAGAGGUGGAACACGGCGUCAGUCAUUUAGGAGAGCGGCUUGAAUGGUUGGAGGAGUUCCCAGUGAUUGGCGUCCCUGUGAAGAGUGAAGAUGACGAGGUCAAAGGUGAAAGUAAGGAGAAGAGAGAGGCGGAGCCUCCGGGCAGCAGCUCAACACAACACAUGACAACAGAAGCUGAUGGAGGAUCACAAGCAGACAAGCGCGUAGCUCCACUAUCAGAUAGUGAGGACACAACGUCACACUCUCCUGACAGUGAUGAUGAAGACUCUAAAGAAGAUAAGACAUGUCACACUGACAACGCUCACUUCAAAUGUUCUCACUGUGACAAAUCAUUCCGCAAGAAGGGGAACCUCAAAAGACACACGAGAAGUCACGCAGGCAUCAAAGACUUCAAAUGCUCUAAAUGUGGGAAUAUGUUCGGGGAAAAUUCAAGUCUGAAAAUACACAUGAGAACGCACACAGGGGAAAAACCAUUCGUGUGCCCAGUUUGCGGUAAAAGAUUCUCCCAGAAGGUCCACUUGACAGCACAUGGGAGAACGCACACCGUGGAGAAACCUUUCGCCUGCUCGGUUUGUGCCGUUUGCGGCAAAGGAUUCUUUCAGAAGUCCCAUUUGGAAGAACACACCAGAAUACACACAGGAGAGAAACCCUUCGCUUGCUCAGUUUGUCGGCAAAGUUUCGCUUUAAAGUCAUCGUUGAAAAUACACGUGAGGACACACACCGGAGAGAAACCUUUUGCUUGCUCUGUGUGCGGCAAAACUUUUGCCCAUCGGUCAAGUUGGAUGAGACACUCUGGUAUUCACACCGGCAAAAAACCGUACGCCUGCGUGGUCUGUAACAGAAGUUUCUCUCAGAAUGAAUAUUUGAUUGCGCACAGGAGAACACACACUGGAGAGAAACCGUUUCCCUGCUCGGUCUGCCACACUUAUUUUGCCGACCGCUCGUCGUUGAGGAAACACAAAAAAAAACAUGCUGGUAAAAGUGUUUAGUAGUGUGAUGAUUUUGAUCUUAAUGAUCCCUCAGGGUGUGUGCAACGUUUGCUAUGGUGUGUAACGACCGUUACAUGCAUUACACCACGCAGUGGUAUGGUAACAGUAGUCUGCUGUGAUAUGACGUGCUAUGAUGCAAUCUCUUAAAUCAAUUAAAUGCAUACUUCAU